GAGGCGGCCCGUGGCCCGGAAGUGGGUCAGAGCCGCCCGAGGCGCCGCGGGGAGAUGAAGCCGGCGGUGGACGAGAUGUUCCCCGAGGGCGCCGGGCCCUACGUGGACCUGGACGAGGCAGGAGGCAGCACCGGGCUCCUGAUGGACUUGGCAGCCAAUGAAAAGGCGGUGCACGCAGACUUCUUCAACGACUUUGAAGACCUCUUUGAUGAUGAUGAUAUCCAGUGAGAUACCGUCCGGUGGUGCACGUGGUCACGCCCUCGUCACCUAGUGGUGUCACCUAGUGGUGUCUCCUCGGGACAAUUUGGGAUGGUUCUGGAGAACUGUGACAUUGCCUGGAAUCAGGAGGUGGCUAACCGGGAAGGGAAGGGUGGUUUUAACUACCUGGACAAGGCCUGUUCAUCUGAGUGUGACCAGCUUUUGUCCUGAACUUCAAUUAAAAAGAGCAAUGUUGUCACUUGCA